AUGCCUUCACACAGAGACCUCGCCAUAAAAGGCGACGGCAACAAGCGUAUCUCAAUCUCGGAUUGCAAGCUUCAGCCACUCAACCUACUCAUCCCAGGCGGCGCCCCAGUCAUGGUGCCCAGGGACAAGGCCUGGCCAGGUGCCAAGAAGAAGGAGGCAAUCAAGCUCAGGGUGCCACUCUCUGCGAGCAACUCUUACGACGCCGGAGAGGAUGACGAUCUCGAGGAGCCUGUUGCUGUCAAGACCAAGUCGAGAAGGGCCAGCAAGGCGAAGACGCCUUCCACUGCUGAAAUGAAGUUCAAGCCCGAGAAGAAGCUGGAGGAGUCCUGCAAGAAGGCAACCAAGUUGGACAAGCUCGCCACUGAGGCUAAACAGCGCAAGAAACUGGAACAGCAGGUCAGGGAGCAGGAGAAGUACAUCGCAAAGCUCAAGGCAAAAUACGCAGCCAGCACGAAGAAGCACGAGAGCAAGACUCACAGCGAGGCGACUGACUCCGAUUUUGAGUCCGACGGUAGCCCUCCAUCCAAAUCAACGACCCGAAACGCGUCUCGAGCUUCCAACGCUUCGACUGACGGGGCGCUCACCGACGCAAGCGAAGAGGUCCGCCGCAUGAUCAAGAGCCUCAAGAUCAAAGCUGCCGGCACAGAGAACGCCGACUUCAACCCGUCAGAGGACUCUCAGCUCCUAGCCAGGAAGGAGAACGGCGAGUCGUACGCCACGAUCGCAAAGUACAUGAACCGCACGAAGAAGCAGAUCCAGAAGCGGCAUCGUGAGCUUAUCGCGCUCGGCAAGACAGCUGAGACAGCAGGCACAAGUGGCCCUGGGGAGACUACAGAGGCUGCCACUACCGGUACAGACAACGACGUGCCCGCUGAUGCCUUUGGUGGUCUCUUCGACCUCGGCAGCCUUCAGGCCAAGCUGGAGGCCACUGCAGCAGAGCAAGCCCAGGCUGAAGCUCAGGCCAAGGAAUCUGAGAAGGAGGACGACGAAAGCGACGAGAAAGUUUCCUCAAAGGCCCUCAAGACCUCUCCCGUCGGCAUACUAAAGACAGAGGGGGGCGACAAGAAGAAAGGAAAGAAGAAGCCCAAGCUGACCUCGCCAGUCGCCGUUGGUGGCGAGUCCGGGUAUGAGUCUGGCUCCGAAGACGUCUCCACCAAGGUCUUCAUCGGCAGCUACGCCAGACACCUCCUCACCGACAAGAGCACCAUCCCGGAGGCGGACGACAAGUUUGACGAAGACGACUGCAUCCUCAUGGCGGUUUCUGAUGCCCGCCGGAAGGGUGAUCGCUGGAAGCAGAUGCAGGCCGACUUUGCCAACCUGACUGGCCGGAUGGUCCCGGUCGAGGUGUUGCAGUACAAGUUUGGAGAGGGUGAGAGGCCUGAGGGGUACUGA